AUGGAACUAUAUUCAGAAAUUAAACGUCUUGCUCUCGCGAGAGACGAGAAGGCAGACUUGCGUGUGUAUUUUACCAAGAACCCCACUCAGGAGGAAAGGGCAGAAACUAUUCUGCCGACCUGUGAAGACGACGAGGCAAAGAUUCAAUUCAUUGAUUUUAGUGAAUACCUAUCAGAAUCUCAGAUUGCCAAACAAAUAUAUAGCAAGUUGGAGGAUUAUGGAUCAGACUACUCGUUUUUGUCAAAACUAUCAGGAGAAGAAGAGAGAGAGCUCAAAAAAAUUUUUAAGAAAUUACGUGGUCCCAAAAAUAACUGGAAUGAUGAACUUGCACAGGUGCAACCAUGGGUGCAGGCGUGCUAUGAAAAGUUGGCAGGAAUCUGGGGUCUAGUUGUCAAUUGGGACAAUCGAUAUGGUGGCAUGGAAGGUGAAAUUUAUGGAGAUCAUUAUCUUAUGUUUAAAGAAUGGUCAGCCAGCUGCAGCGUUGAUAGCAGGGCCAUAGAUUUCACAAGGUGUUGGACGUUUGAAGAUAAGCGGGGCUGGCAAGACUCUCUUACUUUGGAGGCAAUUAGACAAUGCCAUAGAUACUCUUCACGUUUCUUCCAUAAUGAGCAUAAUCAAAACCAAGACUACAUAUCGAUUAUCACUGAUGCCAGGAAAUACAAGCUCUUUCAUGUGUUCUAUGAUACUGACAAAAAUGACAUACGUGCUGGUAUAACUAAAACUAUUCGCUGGAACAAGAACACACUACAGAUCCUAGGGCGUGUUUUCAAGACAUUUCAUGAAGGUAUGCUUCCUCUCCGAGCCAAUGGAUCGCCACAAGACUUUGGAAACAAACCCCAUGCAUCCUAUGUGAUGCCUGAUUCAGAAAUUGAUUUACCUAUUCGACUCUCAGAAUUAAAUAAUCUUCGUAUGGACUUUUAUAACAUGGUCUUGAAAUGGUCAGUAAAAGAUUUGACAUCAAGUUUUCCAAUUGUAAGAACAAGUUUUGGGAAUGUAGAAGCAAAUGUACUUUUAGGUUUAGGGCCCAAUACUGCUGUCUUUGGAGCAAGCACUACAGACUAUGGAAAAGUUGCAAUCAAGUUCUGCCUCAAUGAGUUUCGCCUGCAUCGUGAAGCAGAAAUUUUGAAGGAACUUGAAGGAAUAAAGGAUAUACCAAAGUUGCUUCAUGAAAAUUUAGAUGUUAUGGUACCCUAUAUUGUCACAAGCAUGGUCGGCAAAAAAGUCACUGAGAUCAGUGCAUCAAUUGCCUGUAAUGCCACCAUUGACAUUCUUGAAGUUUUGGAGAAUAUUCAUGACAAAGGCUAUGUGCACAAUGAUAUACAUCCAGGCAAUAUUGUGGAAGUUGACAGCAAAUUUCGGUUAAUUGACUUUGGUAAUGCAGUUCAGCGAUUUGAGAAGAGAGACCAUAUACCCAAACAUUGGCCAAAAGGUCAUGCUGUGUUUGCAUCUCACAAUCGGGGUGAUUAUCCUGGAGCUAGGGAUGACUUGGAGGCACUCUGUUAUUCCAUUGCUUUCAUGUAUGAUCAGAAUAAGCUGUAUUGGUGCAUUGCUGGUCGGGACCGACGUAAAGCCCACCAUAGAAAAGAAGAAAAACUCUUAUUCCUCUUUGAUGGUCUUCCACAGGCAUUCCGGGACUUUUUUUGCUGUGUCUAUGAUCUUGAUUUUGCUGCAACUGUGGAUUAUGGAUCCUGGCAGAAAAUGUUCAAGCAUGCUGCUAAUGAUUUGGUUUCACCACCUAAUCUACCCAAAAAACGUGCCCUCUCAAUGCCACCAGGAAGCCCUGAAUAUAAGCGUAGUAACCUUGAACUUGAAUUUCCAGUGUGUUAA